GAAUCACGCAUAAGCCUUUUUUAUUUUUCUCUCUCUCUCACACUUGUUUCAUCGUUUUCAAUCCAAACACAAACACAUACAUUCCCCAUUUAACCUUAAUUCUUGUGUUUUAUUCUUCCUAGCAAUCAAUAAGCAAAAAUGGCAGAUGCUGAGGAUAUUCAACCCCUUGUUUGUGAUAAUGGAACUGGCAUGGUCAAGGCUGGUUUUGCUGGUGAUGAUGCUCCAAGAGCUGUGUUCCCUAGCAUUGUUGGUCGUCCGCGCCACACGGGUGUGAUGGUUGGGAUGGGACAAAAGGAUGCAUAUGUUGGUGAUGAGGCUCAAUCCAAGAGAGGUAUCUUGACUCUCAAAUACCCAAUUGAGCACGGAAUUGUGAGCAACUGGGAUGACAUGGAGAAGAUCUGGCAUCACACCUUCUACAACGAGCUUCGUGUGGCUCCUGAAGAGCACCCUGUGCUGCUCACUGAAGCACCCCUCAACCCAAAGGCCAAUCGUGAGAAGAUGACACAAAUCAUGUUUGAGACCUUCAACACUCCUGCUAUGUAUGUUGCCAUCCAGGCCGUUCUCUCCCUUUAUGCCAGUGGCCGUACAACCGGUAUUGUCUUGGACUCUGGAGAUGGUGUCAGUCACACAGUUCCUAUCUACGAAGGUUAUGCUCUUCCACAUGCAAUCUUGCGUUUGGAUCUUGCAGGGCGUGAUCUCACCGAUGCCUUGAUGAAGAUCUUGACUGAGCGUGGAUACUCUUUCACAACAUCAGCUGAGCGUGAAAUUGUGAGAGACAUGAAGGAGAAGCUAGCUUAUAUUGCUCUUGAUUAUGAGCAAGAGCUAGAAACUGCGAAGACUAGCUCAGCUGUUGAGAAGAGCUAUGAGCUACCAGAUGGACAGGUUAUCACAAUAGGAGCUGAAAGAUUCCGAUGCCCUGAAGUUCUCUUCCAGCCAUCCAUGAUUGGGAUGGAAUCUCCUGGAAUCCAUGAAACCACAUAUAAUUCGAUCAUGAAGUGUGAUGUUGAUAUUAGGAAGGAUCUCUAUGGUAACAUUGUCUUGAGUGGUGGUUCCACUAUGUUCCCAGGCAUUGCUGACAGGAUGAGCAAGGAGAUUACAGCAUUGGCACCGAGUAGCAUGAAAAUUAAGGUUGUAGCACCACCAGAGAGGAAGUACAGUGUUUGGAUUGGAGGCUCCAUUUUGGCAUCCCUUAGCACAUUCCAACAGAUGUGGAUUGCAAAGGCAGAAUACGAUGAAUCCGGGCCAUCAAUCGUUCACAGAAAAUGUUUCUAAAUCAUGGAGAGCAAGAGGUGGAGGUGGACCAGUCGAACUGCAAUAUAUAUACUUUGUACUAAAGAAAUAUCAUCAAGUGGUUGAGGAACUUUUUUAUUUUCUAUUCUCUACCAUUUUCUUUUUAUCAUCUUCUUUCUUUUGAGUUUCCUUUUCUUUAUAUGUUGGGAUAAAGAGCAUGAUGGCUAGUAAGACAUGUAACAUUCAAUAUUUUCCCUCUCCAUUUUGUGUAGAAGAGCUGUGUAUUGUUACUUGUUUGGUUUGGUUGAAUCAACAAUUCUUUAUAUAAGGUAUUCUGAUUAA